ACCCCCCCAAAUACACGCGUACCUACCUAUACUUACAGUAGCACGUACGAGCGCGGCACGGGCACAUACCAUUACGUACUGUGGACGUACGCAGAGGUGGAAAAUGCCAUUUAUAUCGAAGGACUGGAGGAGCCCCGGCGAGGAAUGGGUGAAGACCGUCGAGGGCUGGGAGAAGAAAAAGAUCCUCGAGUGCGCCAACAACAAGACGCUCUCGCUGUUGCUACGAACGGAAGUUAAUGGGGACAAAAGGGAAAAAGAGAAGGAGAAAGAGAAGAAAAAAGAAGAUGCCGUCCAGCCACACUGUCACAUCACACUGAAGUGCACCCGCGAGAUCGCAGGAUUCAACGGCUUGAGCGACGCCCUGAAGAGGCUCGACUUUUUAUCGGCGGUGCACGACUGCCGGCGCUUUAAUUACAUCGUGCGUCUCCUCGAUCUGCUGGUGAGCCACCGAAUGGGAGGAUUGAGCGGCUGCGCUCAGCGAGUGCUUUUCAACAUGCUCGAGGAGGUCGCACUAGAAGUGUCCUUAUCGCAGCAACAAACAGGUAGACUACGUAGACUUAUCGAAAGGGUUCGAGCUUUCAGUGCAGGUUGCUGUUGGGGUGGAAGACCAUUGGGUUCGGUUAUUUUGUGGGAGAAGCAUAAAGCUGCUUUAGACAGAAUAUUACAGAUAGCAUCUUCAAUUACCAUCACUCAGCCUGAUGAGGAGCAGCAGCCCCAGUGGUCAGACCUGCCGGCAGAGUGUCGCCGUGAGGUCCUGCUACGACUGAGCGAUCCCCGGGAUAUCGAGGCUUCAUCGGAAGCCUGCGAGCACCUUGCCGUCCUCGCCCAGGAGCAGAGAAUCUGGCGCGAACUCGCCCAAUACCACUUCACGCCCCAGCAGAUCGCUACCGCGCGGCAGAACAAUCCCGAAAAAGACUGGAAAACCAUAUUUACCAUUGCCCGGAGGUCUUACGGGCUGAGAGAGGAGUACGCGGAAAUGAUUCAGCUAUGCCGAAACUGCCGCUGCCUGUUCUGGCGGUCGCUCGGGCACCCGUGCAUCGCCGACCAGGAUCCGGCCUUCCAGGAGAAGCUCGCUGACGUCGAUCGGGCCUCGCUCCACGUGCCGAUCCCUCCCCAGACCUUCCUUAAGUUCUUCUCCCUGUGAAUGAGGAGCGCGUCGAUGCGCAGUUCGAUGCGCAGCUGUGACGAGAAGCGGCUUGAUUUAACGAAGAUGGAAGCGAAGAAAAAUUAUGAUACUUACGAUUUAGAGCAAAUAUUUAUGGGAAUGGGAGUGUGAACGAGUCGAUCGAGAGAUUAUGCAUUGUAAUGCAUUAUUUCA